AUGACAAGAAGAUAUGUGAAAAAUUCCCAGGUGUUUGUAAGUAACACACUUCCAAGUAACCCAUGGGUCAGAGGAAAUCGCAAGCUCUCUGCGCUCGGCCCAGCUUCUCGCAAAAUAUCUACUGUUCACGAAAUCCUGUGCAAACUCAGCUUGGAGGGUGACCACUCUACACCCCCAAGUGUAUACAGCUCAGUCAAAGCCUACACCAACUUUGAUGCCGACUGGGAUGCUUUGAACAUUGAAACAGCCAUCAAGACCAAAGGUGUGGAUAAGGUCACCAUCGUAAACAUCUUGACCAAUCACAGCAAUGAGCAGAGACAGGAUAUUAUUGCCUUUGCCUACCAGAGAAGGACCAAAAAGGAACUUCCAUCAGCGCUGAAGGCAGCCUUGUCCGGCCACCUGGAGAUGGUGAUUUUGGGCCUAUUGAAAACACCCACUCAGUAUGAUGCUUCGGAGCUGAAAGCCUCCAUGAAGGGGUUGGGGACAGAUGAGGACUCUCUCAUUGAGAUCAUCUGUUCACGGACCAAUCAGGAGCUGCAGGAAAUUAACAGAGUCUACAAGGAAAUGUACAAGACUGAUCUGGAGAAGGACAUUGUUUCUGACACAUCUGGGGACUUCUGCAAGCUGAUGGUUGCCCUCGCAAAGGGGAGAAGAGCAGAAGAUGGCUCUGUCAUUGAUUAUGAACUGAUUGACCAAGACACCCGGGACCUCUAUGAUGCCACAGUGAAGAGGAAAGGAACUGAUGUUCCAAAGUGGAUCAACAUCAUGACUGAGCGGAGCGUGUCUCACCUCCAGAAAGUAUUUGAAAGGUACAAGAGCUACAACUCUUAUGAUAUGUUGGAGAGCAUCAAGAAGGAAGUCAAGGGAGACCUGGAAAAUGCUUUCCUGAACCUGGUCCAGUGUAUCCAGAACAAGCCCCUGUAUUUUGCUGACCGGCUGUACGACUCCAUGAAGGGCAAGGGGACUCAUGAUAAGGUCCUGAUCAGAAUCAUGGUCUCCCGCAGUGAAGUGGACAUGUUGAAAAUUAGGUCUGAAUUCAAGAGAAAGUACGGCAAGUCCCUGUACUACUACAUCCAGCGAGACACCAAGGGUGACUACCAGAAAGUGCUGCUGUACCUGUAUGGUGGCGAUGACUGAAGUCUCCAAUGGCUCGAGUGUCCAGGAACAAUGCUCUUAUGCUUGCAGCUAACAAUUAUAGAAAACCAGCUUGCAACUAACAGCCCCUGUGCCCAUCCCUGUCAAGAUGAUGUUAGUGUAGCCUGUUGCUCCAUCCUCAUUUCAGAUGCCUAAGCAUUGCCUGGCAUUCCCAUCUAGUCUCUCCUUUUAGCCAAAGAAAUGAACAUUCCAAGGAGCUGGAAGUGAAAUCGAUGAUGUGAAACACUUUGCCUCUUGUGUACUGUGUCAUAAACAGACGAAUAAACUGAAUUUUUACUUUAGAAUCAA